AUGGGCAAGGUUAAGGAAAGCAAGAAGGCGGCUGCUGCCCCUUCCAAGGCUGUCAAGAACGGCGGCGUCACAAAGGCCUCGCAAGAUACCAAGGUCAAGUCCAAGGACGCUGCCAAGGCUUCUGCCAAGAACAUUGUGAAGGAGGAGAAGAAGUCCAGCAAGAAGAAGAAGGUUGUCGAGCCCGAGUCUUCGUCUUCCGAAUCGGAGGAAGAGGAGUCUGACGACUCCGACAGCUCUGACUCUUCUGAGUCUGAGGCGGAGACUAAGAAGCCUGCCGCUAAGACCAACGGCAAGAAGGCCCCUGCCAAGAAGGAGGAGUCUUCGUCUGAGGAAGAUUCCGACUCUGACGACUCGUCCGAGGAGGAGGAGGAGGAGGAGAAGCCCAAGGCCAAGAAGGUCAACGGUGCUGCUGCUGCCGCCAAGGCCAAGCCCGCCGCCAAGAAGGAGCAGUCCUCUGACGAUGACUCUGAGGACGAUGAUGAGGAGGACUCGGAUGACUCUGACUCGAGCGACGACGACGAAGAGGCCGCCAAGCCUGCCGCUAAGGCUGAGACGAAGAAAGCCGAGUCUGAUGAUGACUCUGAGGAUGACAGUGACGAUAGCGACGACUCUGCCGACAGCUCGGAUGAGGCUGAGGAGACCAAGGCCGCUCCCUCCAAGAAGCGCAAGGCUGAGGACGAGGAGGACACCACCACCAAGAAGGCCAAGGUGGACGAGAACGCCCCCACAACUCUCUUCGCCGGCAGCCUUAGCUGGGGUGUCGACGACGACAUGCUGUACCAGGCCUUCUCCGAGUUUGAGGGCCUCAGUGGCGCCCGCGUCGUCACCGACCGUAUGAACAACAACCGCAGCAAGGGCUUCGGCUACGUCGACUUUGAGACGCCCGAGGCCUGCACCAAGGCCUACGAGGCCAUGCAGGGCCAGAUGAUUGACAACCGCGCCAUCAACCUCGACUACGCCAACGCCAAGCCCGCCGACGCCAACCCCCAGUCGCGCGCCGCCGACCGCGCCCAGAAGCACGGCGACAGCGUCAGCCCCGAGUCGGACACCCUCUUUGUCGGCAACCUGCCCUUUGACGUCGACCAGGACGCCGUCCGUGCCUUUUUCAGCGAGGCUGCUGAGCCUACCAGCAUCCGCCUGCCCACGGACCCGGACUCCGGCAACCCCAAGGGCUUUGGCUACGUGAGCUUCAGCUCCGUGGAGGAUGCCAAGACUGCCUUCUCCGAGAUGAACGGUGCUUCCAUCGGCAACGGUCGCAUGUCGCGCAGUGUGCGCCUUGACUUUGCCAGCCAGCGUCCUCCCCAGAGCGGCGGUGGUCGUGGUGGCUUCGGCGGUGGUCGCGGUGGAGGUGGCUUCGGCGGUGGCCGUGGUGGCGGUGGUCGCGGCGGAGGCCGUGGCGGACGUGGUGGCUUUGGCGACCGUGGUGGUCGUGGCCGUGGUGGAAGCCGUGGCGGCUUCGGUGGUCGUGGUGGCUUCUCCGGCACCAAGGUCACCUUUGACUAA